AAGUUCUUUCAGAAAAAGGAAUUGUAAUAAAAAGCAAACCUAGAAUUCUAAUUGAAACAAUUACAACUGACAAUUUAGUAUAUAAAGAUAUCCAAAAAGUCAAUAAAAAACUUAAAGAAGCUACUACAAACGGAGAAGAAUUAGUUGUGUGCAUCCUCGAUAAAAAAACAACUGGAAAUAAUUCCUUAUAUGCAGUGAUCAAGAGAACUUGUUUAACAAUAAUUGGAGUAAUGUCCCAAUGUUUUCUUUGGUCAAAUUUUAAAUCUGAAAAAAGAAUAAGAAAUGUUUUUAGUAUGAGUGCACCUAAGCUCAAUACAAAAUUAGACAAUGAUAAUGGGCGCCGAUGUAUAUCAUCCAGGUCCUAUAAGAAAGCUAACGGAUACCCCAGCGUUGCUGCACUGUGUGCGUCAAUGAAUUCUGAUGCCACAAAAUACGCGGCUCGUUAUAGAUUAAAUGAAAUCUUAAAAAAUGAAACAAUUGAAGAACUAAGUGAAAUGACCAAAGAACUACUUGUUGAAUUCAAGAAACGAAAUCAAUAUCUUCCAGAUCAUAUUAUUUUUUAUCGGGAUGGUGUAGCUGAAGGACAAUUUGAAAAGAUUAUGAAAGAAGAAGUAAAAGUUCUGAAAGAUUCCCUCCGAGAUUUUUAUGGUAAAAGUGGUAUUCAAGAACCUAAAAUAACUUUCACGAUUAUGCAAAAACGCCACCACAUGAGAUGUGUACCCGUAAAUAAAGAUGAAGCACACCCCGACACUAGAAAUUCACUUCCUGGAACUAUAAUUGAUUUGAAAAUUGUAAUCGAAGACGAAUUUAGUUUCUUUCUUUUGAGUCAAGCAUUGGUUCAAAACGGCACGACCGCCCGUUCCGCAUAUUAUCGUAUUUUAUUAAAUGAAGGAGAUUUUACCGCUGAUGAAAUUCAACAAUUAACCUAUAAUCUUUGUUACUUAUCAGCAAGGUGUAACGUAUCUAUAUCACAAGUAGCUCCUGCAUGCUAUGCGCAUCAUAUAGCAAAUCAAGCGAGAUAUCUUGUAAAAUUUUCACCGUACACUGUUGCUAAUACCAAUCGUGGUAAACGUGGAGGACAUGAUAUAAAUAAUAGUAGCCGUCAAAAACCACGUGUUAAAAAUGGAAAUUGGUAUCGCGUGAUGACAAACAUUGAAAAUAGAAUGUGGUUCCUUUAA